AUGCCGUCGAACGGAGAUCUGGACCGUCAGAUCGAGCAGCUGAUGGAGUGUAAACCGCUAUCGGAGGCGGACGUGAAGACGCUCUGCGAUCAAGCGAGGGCGAUCCUUGUCGAGGAAUGGAACGUUCAGCCGGUCAAGUGUCCGGUUACCAUCUGCGGCGAUAUCCACGGCCAGUUUUACGACCUUAUCGAGCUCUUUCGAAUCGGCGGCAACCCCCCUGAUACCAACUACCUCUUUAUGGGAGACUAUGUAGACCGUGGUUACUAUUCAGUAGAGACGGUUUCUCUAUUGGUGGCGUUGAAAGUGAGAUACAGAGAUAGACUUACAAUCCUGCGAGGGAAUCAUGAGAGUCGCCAGAUCACUCAAGUCUAUGGUUUUUAUGACGAAUGCUUAAGGAAGUACGGAAAUGCGAAUGUCUGGAAGUAUUUCACAGACCUUUUCGAUUAUCUUCCUCUUACCGCACUCAUAGAGAGUCAGAUUUUCUGUUUGCAUGGAGGGCUUUCACCAUCUUUGGAUACACUUGACAAUAUCCGAAGCUUGGAUCGGAUACAGGAGGUUCCGCACGAAGGACCAAUGUGCGAUUUACUAUGGUCUGAUCCUGAUGAUCGUUGUGGAUGGGGAAUAUCUCCACGAGGUGCUGGUUACACAUUCGGACAGGAUAUCGCAGCUCAGUUUAACCACAACAAUGGACUCAGUCUCAUAUCAAGAGCGCAUCAACUUGUCAUGGAAGGUUUUAACUGGUGUCAGGAAAAGAAUGUGGUGACGGUGUUUAGUGCACCAAACUAUUGCUACAGGUGUGGAAACAUGGCGGCGAUUCUAGAGAUAGGAGAGAACAUGGAGCAAAACUUUCUCCAGUUUGAUCCAGCUCCUCGACAAGUCGAACCUGAUACUACCCGUAAGACCCCUGAUUAUUUUUUGUGA